AUGUAUCAGGCAGGACUGGUCAACCUUGCAGUCAAAACAGGCAAUAUAGCUAUGAUGAAGCUACUGGCUGAGUUUGGGGCGGAUUUCAACUCACCCCCUUGCCAGGCAAUUCCCCUGUCACAAGUGGCUGACUCGCGUGAAACCUCAUCGGAUACCAUACAGUUUCUGUUUGAUCAUGGGGCAGAUAUUACCCUUGUUGAUGAUAAUGCUGGAAAUUUUUUGAAGGGAGUGAUCAAACGUGGAAAUAUCGGCACUGCCCGGCUGUUGCUAGAGCAUGGAGCAACGUGCCCUCCAGAUAUUCUGAAAUCAGUUAUAGCAUCGUCCACGCUCGACACUAUUGAUUUACUGGUCAAGUAUGGGGCUCGUCUUGACACAGUCCUCUUCAAGACAGCAAUAAAGGCGCGGCGAACUGAUGUCAUACAGCUAUUGAUUGACAAUGGUCUUGACGUGAAUGCAAUAUUAGACUCGAAAGGUUCAACGGCUCUACAUUUUGCAGUCGAAAUCAUCCGACGGCUACAGAAUAGAGGCCCAAGGCCAAGGAAGCGCACAGGAUGCGGACAUUGCGGCGACGAUCCUUUCGACGAAGAUGAGGUAUUAGUGCGUCGAAUAGAGACCACUCCACAGCUGAAUAUUUCGCCCCCUUGUUCUAUACCGAAAAAAGAUAAGAAUAACGAGCUAAAUCUUCUGCGCUGUCUGAUGAUGACUCUGAUCGAUGCGGGAGCAGAUAUUAAUGCUGUCGAUGGGGAAGGUCGGACUCCAUUGGAUUGGGCUUGCAUGGGGGCUCCACUGACUGUGCAGCAGUUACUUGUGGAUAAUGGUGCCAACUUGGAGGGUGGCGAGCUAUCAGGCGACCCAAUCCCUGAUAAUGAACUUCACCAUGGGUCAUCAUGA